AUGGUUAAAUUUUUUAGCAGCAGUCUCGAUUCGGAUGAUUUUCCUGACGAUGUAGAUCAGGACAUCCUACCUCAUGCGUUCAACGACGUGAACAAAGAAGUGGCCGGCGAAGUAAAAGUGGAAACGACACUCGUUGAGAAAGACUGUCCUAAAGAAGCAAAUAAUAACAAAUCCAUGGAAAGGCGUACUGUUCGUUUCAAAAGUGAGGAUGAGGCCUAUUCAGCAGUAGCUUCGCCAGACACGCCUUCCAUUUCGCAAGGAUCAUCAUCUGGCAUCGAGCCAAAAGUGAUUGUAAAUGCGGAACCGCGUUUCUCUUCUUCAUUGCCACGAUCGAUUUUGCGUAACGUCGGUGAAAAAUCGCCAAUUGAUGUGGACGCUUUAGCAGCUGCUGAACUGGAAAAUCGACCAGAAAUAUUGCCGGCCUCCGAGCAGGCUUUUCCGGGUAAAGUGAUGGAAAGGCAUUCCUCUCCAGACUGCGUUGGCAGUGACGAUUCGGUGCCAGUUAUUUUACCGUCAAAAGAUGGUUCUCCUCGUCGGGUUUCUCGAUUCAAGAUGUCGCGUGCACACCUGGAUCAUUAG